AUGAUGGUUUUCGCUCACGUUCUUGUUAGCUUCUUCGCGCCUCUCGCUUGCGCCCUCGUACUUCCCGAUGAUGUGGGAAGGCUCCCCGCUUUAGGCUGGAACUCCUGGAACGCGUUCCACUGUGACAUCACCGAGGACUCGUUCCUGACUGCAGCAGAGUAUCUUGUCUCGCUCGGAUUGAAGGACGCCGGGUAUCAAUACGUCAACAUUGACGACUGCUGGUCAGAUUUCAAUGGUAGGGAUGAAGUCACUAGCAGGCUUCUGCCCAACUACACCCGCUUUCCCGACGGCAUCAAUGGCACCGCAGCGAAGAUUCACGACCUCGGGUUGAAGUUCGGAAUUUACAGCAGCGCCGGAACCGUGACUUGUGAAGAGUAUCCAGCAAGUUUGGGGUACGAGAAUCUGGAUGCUGAGACAUGGGCGGAGUGGGGAGUUGACUACCUGAAAUAUGACAACUGCGGCGUGCCAUCGAACUGGACAGACGAGUGCGAUUAUUGCGUCGCAGACAACCUCGACAGCUCGGAGUUGAACAACGGGACUUGCAUUGACACGACCGGCCUCUGCCCCGACGGGUAUAAUUACACUGAUUCCAAUUCUGCUGAGCGAUACCGUCGCAUGCGGGAUGCUCUCCUGGAUCAGGAACGGCCGAUUCUGUUCAGCAUGUGCAACUGGGGUCAUGCUGAUGUCAAAGUCUGGGGAAACGAGACCGGAAGCUCUUGGCGCAUGUCCAGAGACAUUCAAGAUCGGUGGGACAGCGUACUCCGUAUCCUGAACCUGAACUCUUUUCAGCUCAAUAACGUCGACUUCUGGAGCCACGGCGACACCGACAUGCUUGAGGUCGGUAACGGUGGACUGACCUUGGCGGAAUCGCGAUCCCAUUUCGCCUUUUGGGCGGCCAUGAAGUCGCCGCUCCUAAUUGGCACGCCGCUUGACGUGCUAGAGGACGAUUAUUUGGCUAUCUUGCUGAACAAAUAUCUUCUUGCCUUCCACCAAGACACAGUGUUCGGUGCGCCAGCGGCCCCAUACAAGUGGGGGACCAAUCCUGAUUGGACAUUUAACGCAACAAGGCCCGCUGAGUUUUGGGCUGGGCGUUCGCAAAACGGUACGAUGGUCUGGUUAUUCAAUACGGACGACAGUCCAGCGAACAAGACGGCGAACUGGGGCGAAGUUCCGAAGCUCGAAGAAGGCGGCUCCUACAGCGUUCUGGAUGCUUGGACGGGUGAAGACCUUGGCUGUGUGGCCGGUGAAUGGACGGUUGAGCUGGAAGUUCAUGACACAGCGACCCGCGACGUCAACAUCAGCGCUUGGGACAGCUCGUCCACUCUCAACGGCGACAAAUAUGAGUCUCUUCUAGAUGAGAAGAAGUCGCCUGUGUCGCAAGUUACAGAGACAAUCUCCCUCCGUGAUGAAGAGCCGCUCAAGAAGCGUCAUGCAUCCUGGCUCGGAGACUGGUGGAUUUGGGAGCUAUUCGGUAUCUUCGGCUCCGCCGCCACACUCAUCGCUAUCGUCGUUAUUCUAGCCAAGCACAACCGCGCCGAGCAGCCGGAAUGGAAGCACGCGUCGCUCAACUCGUUGAUUUCCGGGCUUAGCACUCUCGCCAAGGUCUUUACGCUGUUCCCGGCCACCAGAGCUUUGAGCCAGAUGAAAUGGAUCUGGUUCGCGAGUGAGGACCGGAAACUGAGCGACCUGACGAUCUUCGAUGCUGCGAGCAGGGGAGCUACGGGCAGCAUUGAGUUGCUAUACAGUUUGAGAGGCGGGUCUUUGGUGACGCUUGGAGCGUUGGUGACAAUUCUCGCCUUGGCGUUUGAGCCCUUCGUCCAGAACGUCAUACGCUAUCACCCGCAAACCGUGCCUUCAGCAACGGAACCGGCCUUCUUGGCGAACGUCUCCUUCUACGACUACAGCGGUCAGAACUACAGUUGGCACACUGCGGCUCAUCCAUUGCUCAGGACAAACGUUGCAAACGCCAUGUACUACUUCGACAAGCCAGAGCUGUGGGCCCAGCCCAGCUACACAUGCCGCACCGGCGAUUGCACAUGGGGCUUUGUGUCGACAGUAACAGUUCGCUCCGAAUGUUCGGACGUUAGCGACAAACUGGUCUACUCACAGGUACCGAUGAAAGACCCCGCUGUUUUCGGCUAUACAAAAUCGGUGAGCUUUCCUGGUGGGCCACGUAUCCAGUACCAGGAAGCAGAUGACUCGGUCAAUCCGAUGGGGUCUGUCAUGUACGUGCAGGCCAUCACACACGACAGCCCUCCUUGGGGCAUUCGAGCCAUUGAGCCUAGAGGGAACGUCAACUUUGCAGAAAACCUGUCGUGGCUGGACCACAGCAAGGCAAGCUUCAUUGGCACCGAGUGCACCCUCAUUCCCUGCAUCCGCAGUUUUAGGGCUGCCGUGAGCAAUGGAAACUACAGGGAGGAGGAUGUCAAGGAAUGGUGCAAAGGAGGCUUUACCGGUGGAAAUUUUCCAAUCUGGCAAAUUCAGCAUCCUGAAUGGGGCCCCGAGCGCGGAGUCCGGCCUGGAGAGGUCUAUGGCAUUGGCCGAAACGGAUUCCGGGGAAUCGACGACUUCUUUCACUCCUCUUUCAAUGGGUACAUGGAUGUGGAAGCUCCUGCUGUUCGUUUUGUCCCAGUGCAGGAUGGUUCGGUAGAGGGAGGCGGAGUCCAGAUCCUGCGAGGCAUGUUCACCAGGAAAUUUGCUUCGACCGAGUGCGAGAACUCGACGCACAAGAUCAACUGCAGCUUUGCGAGCCUGGCAACAGCGAUCACGAAGAGCAUCCGAGAUGCGCCGUACGCGGAGCACGGAUGGGAAUCGGCGAACAUGGCUCGUGGACAAACCCUCGUAUCGGCUCAGUAUGUCGAGGUUCGAUGGAGCUGGUUGAUGUUACCGAUUCUGGUGUGGGCUCUCAGCACAGUUGCUUACGUCGGCACCGCAUGGGAGACUAGGAGGGCUAAGCUACAGCUAUGGGGAAGCAAUCCGCUACCGCUCCUGUUCCUCUACGAAGACGCCAACAGCAAGCGAGGACUGCAUGGUGGGACGUCUGAGGCAGCUUUCGUAGAGCGGUCGGAGAAGAUAAAGGUACGUCUUCACGUAUCGGAGACGGAGGCAAGGUUGGUCGAUGCUUGA